CGCUCGUUACAUUUUUCUUUUCUUUUUCCCGUACGUCAAAAAGAAAAGUCCAAAAGCUAAAACCCCUUGGAGGGGGGAGUUCCAAAUCUUCACAGCUAAGUCUUAUUUAUUUAUUUAUUUAUUUUUACUGGCAUGAUCUUCUCAUCUAAGUCUUUGUAAAUUAAUGCCACUUCCAUUAUAUUAAAUAAUCUUUUGCAGAGAGAAGAAUAAGGAGGGGCUGAUCAUUGAAACAGAAUCUGUGCCAUGGCUCAAGAAUCAGCUGUUGGUGAUCUUAUGUAUGUAGAUGACUUUUUCUUGUCCAUUUUAUUUGAUGUAGAAGAAGAAAAUGAGAUUUUGCCACUGUCGGAUGAAAAGUAUGCCGAAGAACUGCAGUUCCAAGAGGUUCUCAUGGGGUCCAUGAUCACUUCCCAACAUGCAAACAAGGGGGCUUCAUCCUCAUCCUCCUUUUCAUCACCAUUAAUUCAAGCAUGUUCUUCAACCCAAAACCCAGAGCCGGUUGAGGAAACAAAAGAAGCAGGAGAAUCAUCGAGUUGCUUCUGUGAAAUUUGUGCGGAGAGGAAAGAUAGUGAGGAGAUGUUCAAAAACCAUAGCUGUGUUCACUCCUUUUGUUCCGAUUGCAUUAGCAAACAUGUUGCCACAAAGAUCCAAGAGAGCAUAACCGUUGUUUCUUGCCCCGAACUGGGUUGCGAGACUGUCCUGACAAUCGAUGCUUGCAGGCGAGUGCUUCCUAAAGAAGUGCAGGAAAGGUGGGACUCGGCGCUGUGCGAAACACAGGUUCUUGCUUUCCAGACUUUUUACUGUCCAUUCAAGGAUUGUUCAGCCAUGUUGUUGAAUGAUAACGAAGGAGGAGAAGUCAUUAGGCAGUCAGAGUGUCCAUCCUGCCAUAGAUUGUUCUGUGCACAAUGUUAUGUAGCUUGGCAUCCAGGGGUAGAGUGCGAAGAGUACCAGAGGCUGAAUGAGGAUGAGAGGGGGAGGGACGAUCUUAUGGUGAGGGAGCUAGCAAGGGAGAGGAGAUGGAUGAGGUGCCCCAGUUGCAAAUACUAUGUGGAAAAGACUGAAGGUUGUUUACAUAUUACUUGCAGGUGUGCAUUCCAGUUUUGCUAUGGAUGUGGAGUAAAAUGGACUGGAGAUCAUGGUGGUUGCCAGAGAGAUUAAAUGACUAGCCAAAGCAUAAUGAUUAUGUUAUUUUAAAACAAUAGUAUUUUGCAUACGUUAACUCUCUUAUAUAUAGGUUCUCCUAAUACUGAUUAUUAUGGUUUGUAUCUAUUAAGUGCACAAGUACUCUUUCAUGAUGCACAAGAAUGCUCAGUCGUUUGAGGACUUGAGAAGCAUCAUUGAAGUUAUCAGACAUUCAUGGCAGGGAAAUAUGAAAUGUCGCCUACUAUUUGAUUCAA